GGCAGCCCCCGCGGUUCGCUCCCUCAGGAGCGCGCUCCCCUCACGGCUCUCCCGGCCGUGCCUCGGGCGGUACCGGAACCCUCUUUGUUCCUUUCAGGGAGCCCCCGGGGGCUUCUCGCAGCUGUUGUGCCUUUUGAAGCCCUUUCCGGUAUCGCUACGGCGAUUAAAAGUCGAUUUAAUUAACCCUUAAGGGCCUGAAAGUUGCUUGUUUUCUAGUGGCUGCUUCCCUCACAGCUGUGUUUGGUUGGGUUGGAGCAUGGAGCCCAUCUCCCUGCCAGAACCAGGCAUUCCUGCAGGAAACAGCUCAUCUGAGGCACAGGGAAAGUUCCAUGUGCUGCUGGGAGUGACUGGAAGUGUGGCUGCCCUCAAGCUGCCCCUGCUCGUCGCAGAGUUGCUGAAAAUCCCUGGGCUCGAGGUGAAGGUGGUCACUACUGAGAGAGCAAAACAUUUCUACAAUGCCCAGGAGAUCCCUGUGACCCUCUAUGGUGAUGAAGAGGAGUGGCAGCUGUGGAAGGGCCGCUCGGACCCCGUGCUGCACAUCGAGCUCCGGCGCUGGGCUGACCUCAUGCUGGUGGCACCUCUGGAUGCCAACACGCUGGCCAAGGUGGCCAAUGGCAUCUGUGACAACCUGCUGACCUGCGUGAUCCGCGCCUGGGACCUGAGCAAGCCCCUGCUCUUCUGCCCCGCCAUGAACACGGCCAUGUGGGAGCAUCCCAUCACAGCUCGGCAGGUGGAGCAGCUGAAGGCCUUUGGCUACACAGAGAUCCCCUGUGUGGUGAAGAAACUCGUGUGUGGGGAUGAAGGCCGAGGUGCCAUGGCAGAAGUGUGGACCAUCGUGGAAAGAGUUAAAAGGAUCCUUGAAGAACGGGAUGUGCCAAGGCAAAGCUGAUGUUUUGGCAUGUAAAUGGUGGUUUUGUGCCUUCCUGAUGGUUUGGAGAUAAAGGCAGCAGGAAGCUGGGCUCAGCUGCCCUGGUUCCCAUGGCAUGCAUACCUUUAGCUGCUCUUCAACAGAAGGAGCCAACGGUUGACUUCCUGCUGGUGCCAAACUGAAAUGUGGUACUCACCACAGACUUUCAAAAACCAGAGGCAAGAAUGUGCUGCUUUAGUGUGGAAAACCCUGUGGUAUCUUGGGAGUGACAUUCCCAAGGCUGCUGAGCUCCCAGUGCUUCACACCUGCUCUGUUCUGGGCAGGCUGCAGAAUGUGUUGGAGCUCCAGAGGUUCUAGAGAGGAAAAGGCCCUGCAAAUUCUGGUGCAGGGUAAUUCCAGCCCCUUCUAGCAGGUGUCUCUUGGACCAUUCCUGCUCUCCAAAGCUUGGUCCAUAGUUCUGCUGGCUGCAUGUUCCUUCCCAGCAGGAGUCACUGUCCAAAAAGCAUUUUCCCUCUCAAAACUUAAUAAAAAAGAAUUUUUAAUCCUGCCCCUAA